AUGUCCCACGGCACAUCUCUUUCAUUGAGCCAGAAUAAUUUUAUUCGGGCCCCCAACAACGAGGCGAAGGACCAGCCUCUGGUCGAUGAUACAUCCCUCCGAAGACAGAAACGACAGGCGAACGUUUAUGAUCCGUGUGUUCUCCCGCACCGAACUGACGGAUGCCAGAACGCUCCAAUUCGCUACGAAGAAAACGACUUCUACUUCGCCCAUGAGGCUCUUACGUCCGACUGUCCUCUCCCCAGUUCCGAUAUUCUGGAAGCAAUCCACGCCUACUCGACGAAUUCCUACGACAAUGCGACGUGGGACCGGGGUUAA